AUGGCGUCCGACGCCGGCAACUGCAGCGCAAGCCCGAGGAGCCCCUGCUGCUCCUUCCCCAACUUUCUCAUCUUCCUCCUCAACAUCGCCCUCCUCGCCCUCGCUGCCGCCGCGCUCGGCCCGGUGCUCCUUCUCCGGCCUCGCCCCACGCCCUUGGGCUGGGCGCUCGUCUCCGUGCACGCCACCACGCUGCUCUCCGCGCUCGCGUCUCUCUACGUGCUGCUCGCCCGCCGCCACCUCUGCUGCUGCCUGCCGGCGCACGCGGCUCUGGCGGUCACCGCGCUCUGCGGCCAAGCGCUCGCCUCGUACGCCCUGUUCCGAUGCCUCGACCGCAGCAUCGCGCUCCUCCGGUCGGCGAGGGACCGGAGGGAGCAGUUCGUGCUGGUGCUCCUCGAGGAGGCGCUGCUGCUGGGCAUGUUCCUGGUGCAGGCCGUGGCGCUGGCGGUGGCCUGCGCCGUGGGCCGGCGGUGGGCAAUGGAGCACGAGGCGGCCGAGGUGGAGAAGGCGGCCGCGGCCAGGAAGCUGACGGCGCCUGUGCAGGCAGAUGCCGGCGCGACGGCGGUGGACGGGAAGGAGACGACGAACGCCGGCGGCAAGAAGGUGGUGCGCUGGGGAAAAACCGAGGACUGCUGA